GAGUAGUAUUCAGUUUAAGCGUUCUAGCGUCGCUUCAAUGAACGCGACAGCCUCGAUGUCAUUCGUCGGCGGUGACGGAGCACGCUUAAUUUCUGCACGAUCCGUGCCGCGCGUUGGAAAAACUGCAUCUUGCCAAAGAGCGUGGAAAUCUACUUGUACAUUUUACACACAGCAAAAGUGCUUCUUCGUGCGCUGACUUGGUUGCUAUUUUCUCUUCCGUCUUUCUGGGACCUCGUUUGUCAGUGGUAUUAUUAGAAAUACAGCGUUUGCUUUAACUCUCUUCUUCGGUCUUGUAACGUCAACGACGUCGCGUCUUUUUCUUGCUCUUGGCUGGAGGUUCACUGGAAUAUAAGCGCAGUGAGUUUGAGCAGUGAAGAGGCAUUCCUCGCGCCGCGCUCGAGACGCGCUUGGAUCUUGACCGCGCGCUGCAGCAACGGCCAAUCCAUCUAUACAUCCAUCCAUCAGCGCGCUGAACUUGCAGGUUUGCUAUAAAGUAAAAAAAUAACGUGUUUAUGAGUCAUAACCAAUGAAUGUGAUACUAAAUAAUAUAAUUUUCCUCAAAAAUUGAAUUUUAAUGAGAGAACUCACAUCAACGCGAUGUGAAUUUGACAUUUUUCGGAGCUUUUCUCUGUGAGAGAACGUUUUCCGUUACGAUGUACUUCGAAUAACCGACUCUUUCCUGCUCUCGCUCGUUUUUGUCGUGUUUAAUAACGAUGGCCAACGAAAUUCGCUAUGACAAUCGGAAUAUUGUGGAGAAAUACCUCAAUCACAAACUUUCAAAGAAGGGAUAUGAGUGGAAAUUUCAAUCUUCUGGGGAGGAUGAUGACACCAUCAAUACAGGAGUGGAGGACUCCUCUCCAAACUCAGGCAGGAGGCUCCAGGCUCCCUCAGCCGGAGGGGGGAACAACUCUGAAUGCCUGAUAGCAAACCGGGUCACACGUUCAGACCCUUAUUCGAGGAUCUACGGGGCGUUACGCGAGGCUGGAGACCAGAUAGAAAGGAUGCACCAGCGUGAAUUUGAGGAGAUGUCCCACCAGAUGAUAUUCAGUCCUAAUGCAGCACAACGCAGCUUCUUAGCUGUGGCUGAAGAGCUCUUCAGAGACGGAGUGAACUGGGGGCGGAUCGUCGCUUUCUUUGAGUUUGGUGGGACCAUGUGUGUGGAGAGCUUCAACCGGGAGAUGGCGUCCCAGGUAGAUAAUAUUGCACACUGGAUGACAGACUACCUGAACGGGCCACUGGAAAACUGGAUCGAGGAAAAUGGAGGCUGGGAUGCCUUCGUGGAGUUGUACAGUCAGCAGAGAGACUCUAUGUUCCACCCAUUUUCGUACCUAACGAAAGUGCUUGGAUUGGCAGCACUAGGCUUGGCAGGAGUGACCAUCGGAGCCUUUUUCGCUCAGAAGUGACGGCUCUACGGGUCUCUUCACCAAACUAUCUCACUUUCUCUGCCUGUCUCUCCUCUUCAGCUUAUCAAAGCAUCUUUCAGUGCCGCACUGCCCCGCUAAGCCCAGCACCAGUGCCCUUCAAAGGCCGCCGCUGAUCCGACGCCCCUCCAGCCACGGGAGCUGCGGCACUCGCGCUCUUUCACCCUCUCUAGAGUGAAGAAAAUGCAAAGAAAAAGAAUACAGAAUGAGGACUCGCCGGAACGCUCUCACACUUUGACUAUGAUGUUCGUCACUGCCAUGUACAGUUGCACUCGCACAGAGAUCGACACACAAAACACGUGCACACACGAACACUUGCUCACAUACUUCAUAUGGACACAAAAAUACAAAAAAACGUUUUAUCUUUAAAGUUUGUUUCUUAUGUACGAAACAAGUACAAAGAGAUUUUUAAACUUAAGAUUGUGCUUUUUUGACAUUUUGAUAUCAGGUUUUUUGGCAUUUUGUAGCAUGAAUCAAAAAGAAAAAA